AUGGCUCAACAAAUUAUGGAGGGACUUAUGGAGCGCGAACAGUUUUGUUGUCCAAUAUGCCUGGAUUUACUGCAAGAUCCAGUGGCAAUUCCAUGUGGGCACAGUUACUGCAUGGGAUGUAUUAAAGGUUACUGGGGUAAGGAUGACAAAUCUAAGGUUUUCAGCUGCCCUCAGUGUCGACAGAGCUUCAGCCCAAGACCCAUUCUGAACAGGAACACCAUCUUGGCUGAAAUGGUGGAGAAACUGAGGAAGACUGAGCCGAAGAAGAGCGGACUCCAAACUGCUACGACUUCUGCUCACGUGUUCGCCGUACCGGGAGAUGUGGAGUGCGAUUUCUGUACUGAGAAAAAGCGUAAAGCUGUGAAGUCCUGCCUGGUGUGUCUGGCGUCUUACUGCAACGCUCACCUCCAGCCCCACUAUCAGUCAAACGCCCUGAAGAAGCACAGGCUGAUCGAAGCCUCCAUGCAUCUGCAGGAGAAGAUCUGCCCUCAUCACGAUAAAAUUUUGGAGAUAUAUUGUCAAACGGAUCAACAGUGUAUCUGUUUAUUGUGUGUAAUGGAUGAGCACAAAGGUCAUGACACAGUCUCUGCUGCUGCAGAGAGUGCAAAAAAACAGAAACAACUGGGGAUGCUGAGACGGAAAUUCAAGGUUAAAAUCCACGCCAAAGAGAAGGAGCUGCAGGAGCUAAGACAGGCGCUGGACUCUCUGAGGAGCGCUGCACAUGCAGCACUGGACAACAGUGAGAAAAUCUUUGCUGAGUUGAUGCAGUCCAUUGAGAGACGGCUUUGUGAAGUCAGAGAGCUUGUCGAAACACAAGAGGAGACUGCCACAGGUCUCCUGAUUCCACUGGAGCAAGAGAUUGCUGAGCUUAAGAGGCAAGAUAAUGAGUUAGAACUGCUGGUAAACACAGAGGAUCACAUUCAUUUCCUUCAGACAUAUCAGUCUUUCUCUGCCCCUGUGGUACUAGAUGAUCUGCCUAGUGUCACCAUCUCUCCACUCUUUGAUUUUGGAAAGAUGAACUCUGCCGUCUCCGGGCUGAAGAAGAGAGUGGAGGAUGUGCUUAAGGUGGAAUGGCCCAAGAUCUCACGUGCAGCCAGCUCAGUGAAAAUUGUUCAGAGCCCAGUGCCAAAGAUCAGACCUGAGUUCCUAUAUCAUUCCUGUCAUCUCGUACUUGACCCCAGGACAGCUCACAGAGACUUAAGCCUGUCUCAGGAGAACAGGGUAGUGACGGUGCGAAACAGAGAGCACUCAUGCCCUGACCACCCAGAGCGCUUUGAUUACUGGUGCCAGGUGCUAGCCAGUGAAGGGCUGUCUGGCUGCUAUUACUGGGAGGUUGAAUGGAGUGGCAUGGGGGUAAACAUGGCUGUGGCGUAUCAAGAUAUAGUUCGAAAAGGAGAAGGAAACAAUUCUCAUUUUGGGCACAAUGAGAAAUCCUGGAGCCUGUUCUGCUCCAAGAAAGGUUAUGCCUUUUGGCACAAUAAUGUGGUCACUAAAAUACCGGGCUCCGGUUCACCUAAAAUAGGUGUAUAUCUAGACCACAGGGCAGGGAGUCUGUCCUUUUACAGUGUCUCUGACACCAUGACUCUAAUCCACAGAGUCCAAGCCACUUUUACCAAGCCCCUCUUCCCUGGCUUUGAGUUUGCAUGUUACAGAGCUUCUAUCAGAUUAUGUCAGAUGGAAUAG